AAAACAGUUGCCGAGAUAGCUGCACAGAUCCCUACAGUCCAGUUUUAUUAAAAAUUUAACCUCUUUUAUAAAAUAAAAGUAAUGAAACUGUUUUCACUGAAAUACAGCUUGUGCCCAAAAGGAAUAUUAAAUAUAGUUAAAUAUUAUCGAUAGCUGGUGUUUUGGCGGUAGUGCAAAACAUUGCGGUAAUGCGAUAGUUUGACAGAAUGGUACAUUGUUGUGUAGUAAAAUCAUGCAAAUCUGUUUGGAUUCCGAAUUCUAACAUAUCAUUUUUUUCACUCAGAGUAAACAAACCAGCGGUAUUAAAGAAAUGGCUGGAAGCGAUCCCAAACUUGCACAGUGUAAAAUAUUAUCAUCGAAUUUGCAGCAAGCAUUUUCUCCCAGAGUAUAUUCGGAAAGAGAAUGGGCGAACGUAUCUGACAGAAGAUGCCGUACCCACUGUCUUCGAAAAGGAAAAUAUGCCCAUUGGAACUGCUACGUCACCUUCGAUAUUAAGAAAAGCAUUAACUGGUACUACGUGUUUAUCAGUGCAAAGCAAAUUAAAAAUGAAAGUCGACAGGGCAGUAGGAAAUUCAGACUCGGAAAUAGUAGAAUACCCUGAUAAAACGAUGCACCAUGUUCAAGUACAAACAACUUACACCGCAGCAACAAUGUCAGCUCGAGAAAAUAGAUUACGAAGGAAAGUCAAAACUCUUCAAGCUAGACUACGAAGGAAGAAUAAGCAUAUACAAUAUGCCAAACAAUUGGUAACUUAUUUAAAAAAUUACAGUAAAUCUAUGGAUAAUCUUGAGCAUGCUUCGUUUACAAAAUUUAACAUGUUGACUGCCAUAAGAAAUUUUAACCGUUCAAGAGUUACUCGGGUUCGGGUAACAUAUCGGUCAACGCAUUAAGUUUCGCUUCAAAUCUUUUUCUGCAUGAGACAAACACAGCCAAACUUUAAAGUACAAUAGGACUACCCGAAAGUUAUGAAAAAUUUUGUAACGAUUUUAUACUUUCACGUGUCUAAAAUCUAUAACUGUGUAACAUAAAGAAUUAAUUUAUCAUAUGAAAAUACAUAAAGAAGCAUUAACGCAUUAACACCUCGACUUUUCCUUUUAUUACUUUUGUCAAAUUCGAAUGUAGACUUAAAAUAAAUUCUUAACAACUCGUUAAAAUGUCUCAGGUGGGGUAUCACAUUCUUCUUCCGUAGAUUACUUUAUUUCAGUUGAUUUCUGUAAACAGAAAAACUUGUAACAAACCUACGAGUCGUGGGGGCGCCUCGACGGUCGGUAACCCCUGGUAAGAGUUACGAUAUGAUCGUAUUCAUCAUAUUCCACGUUCCACCCAAAAU